UUUUGAAGCCUCCCCUGGAUCCAUGAUUCCUUGUAUUUCCUUCCUCUCUUCUUUCUCUGGGCAAUUUCUCUGCCACUAUCAAUAUGGCAGAACCUCGUGACGAUUCUGCACAGAAUUCUCUCCUGUUUUCAAGGUGGUGGCUUUAGAGUCAGAGUAAGCGGUUUGACUGAAUCGUGAGCUGCACCGAACACCCCCUUGGACUUUGAUUUUCUGCAACCCAGAUACCUAACGAGAAAGCUGAUACGCCCAUCAUAUUCGAAUGCGCAUUUGAAACUUCUUAGGCUAUAGCCUAGGGGAGGAAGUGGCUCAAUUAUUCAAUGGUUCACUUUCAGAGUGAUCCUAUCCCCGGAAAUAACUGUUACGGUAACGGUAGUUCUCAUCAUUUUCCCGGUUCCGAUGAAGGGCUAAUAAGAGAAAGAGAGCUAAGUGGCAAGGGCUUUCAUUUGAACAAAUCAAGUGGUAAUAAUCAUGGGGGGCCUUUUAGACAACGACUUUUGGUGGUGGCCAACAGGCUGCCAGUCUCAGCAGUUAGGACAAGUGAAGACUCGUGGUCCAUGGAGAUGAGUGCUGGCGGUCUUGUGAGAGCUCUUUUAGGUGUCAAGGAGAUUGAGGCAAUCUGGAUAGGUUGGGCUGGUGUCAAUGUGCCGGAUGAGAUUGGACAGAAGACACUUACUAAGGCUCUGGCUGAAAAGAGGUGCAUUCCAGUAAUUCUUGAUGAAGAGAUUGUCCAUCAGUAUUAUAAUGGUUACUGCAAUAACAUCUUGUGGCCCCUUUUUCACUACCUGGGACUUCCACAAGAAGAUCGCCUUGCCACCACAAGGAAUUUCCAAUCUCAGUUUGAAGCAUAUAAGAAAGCAAAUCAAAUGUUUGCUGAUGUUGUGAAAGAACACUAUCAGGAGGGUGAUGUUGUUUGGUGCCAUGAUUACCAUCUCAUGUUUCUUCCAAAAUUCUUAAAGGAUUAUGACAGGAACAUGAAAGUUGGCUGGUUUCUCCACACGCCAUUUCCGUCUUCAGAAAUUCAUAGGAUGCUGCCAUCUCGAUCAGAGCUCCUGCAUUCUGUUAUUGCGGCUGAUUUAGUUGCUUUUCACACCUAUGAUUAUGCACGGCACUUUGUUAGCGCUUGCACUCGUAUUCUAGGGCUUGAGGGUACCCCUAAAGGGGUUGAAGAUCAAGGGAGGUUGACUCGAGUUACUGCAUAUCCGAUUGGGAUAGACUCAGAUCGGUUCAUAUGUGCACUUGAGCUUCCUCGAGUUAAGGCUAUCAUCAGAGACUUCGAACAAAGAUUUGAAGGAAGAAAGGUAAUGUUAGGUGUUGAUCGUCUUGAUAUGAUUAAGGGAAUUCCUCAGAAAAUCCUAGCAUUUGAAAAAUUUCUUGAAGAGAAUGCCUAUUGGCAUGAUAAAGUAGUUUUAGUUCAAAUUGCUGUGCCAACAAGAACAGAUGUUCUUGAAUAUCAAAAGCUUACAAGCCAGGUUCAUGAAAUUGUUGGUCGCAUUAAUGGGAGAUUUGGAUCACUGACUGCUGUUCCAGUACUUCACCUGGAUCGCUCUCUUGAUUUUCAUGAACUAUGUGCUUUGUAUGCUGUAACUGAUGUAGCCCUUGUGACAUCUUUGAGGGAUGGGAUGAAUCUUGUCAGCUACGAAUAUGUGGCUUGCCAGGAGAGAAAGAAGGGGGUACUCGUUCUUAGUGAAUUUGCUGGUGCAGCA